AUGGCAAACAGGAAAAAAAUGCAAGAGUUGUACAGUAAAGUGUGUGUUGCCGGAAGUAUCAAGUUUGUCGUUAGCGAAGAAAGAGAGGAAGAGGAAAGAGAUUUGGAAGUGGAUGAAAGAUUUUCUUGUAAUCUAGCAACAAUAUUGGCAAGAGACCAUGAAGUGGUAGCAGUAAGAUUGAAACUUUUUUCCGACAAAUGUGUUGUUUAUAUUUCUAAAAACGAAAGGUGGGAAAAAGAAGAUACAGAAUAUAUCAAAAAAAUCAAGGAAUAUUUAAAAAGUAUAUCUGGAAAUGCUCCCAUACCGUUGGAUACGGCAUUUAAAAGAAAUGAUGUGAAGGUAUUAUUCAAAACUGUAAAGAGAUACUGUUUAGCUAAGUUCGAAACUAGACUUGAAAAGCUUAAGAAGGAUAUAGUUGGAGAAUCACAAAAUCAACAUAUUUUAUUUUUCAAAGAAUUUGCUAACAUUAAUGAUGUAAUUGAAGUACGUGGAUACAAAAUAUCUGGCAUUUGUAGCAGGUAUUAUAAAACAGUCAAAGAUAAACCUGAAAUUCCGAAAAAAUUUCUAAGACAUCUCAAAAAGGUGGGAUCUUACUAUUCAGCUUUGGUCGAUAUCACAGCAUGCGCCUGUAAUGUAAAGUACAAAAACCAAUUUUCUAAUAUGGAUGUAGUUACAUUGAAGCCUGUUUCAAUUAAUCGUCAACCCAUUUUUUCAUGGGCGAAUAUUAUUCAAAAGUUUGUUCAUGUUACCAAAGAGUAUGAAAAAUUUAAGAAAAGGUGUUUAGAUGAUGAUGAUACAUUGAAAAAAUUAAAGGAAGUAUAUAAGACAGAUACAAACGGCAAUCCACAAUUGGACAGCGAAAAAAUUGAACAACGCUUAUGUUUACAUGCGGAAAUGAACAUAUUGACCAAUAUUAUAGACAGUAAAGAUAAAAAACCGACGCUUAUAGCGGUAUCUAAGUAUUGUUGUUACUUAUGUGAAUUAUAUAUCAAAUUUGCAAAUACCAAAGGAUACAAUAUCUUCACUUCUGGAGCACAUAAUAAGUUGUAUCAUAAAUGGGUACUUCCAGAUACAAAGGAUGUCACCCUCAAAAACGAUGCCCUGAAAUAUAUGAUAGCAGAUCUUGAUCGGAUCAUAAGGAAAGAAUUACGAGAAAAGCAUAUUGAUAUUAGGGCGAGAUCUGAUAGUGAAGGAGAAAGUGCUGAUUCCGAUAAUGCUAAACAUAUUGAUCAUUCAGAAGUUGAUGAUUUGAUGGAAGACUCGGAUAACUAG